UUUCUGAUACGGUGGAAUGAUAUCAGCCAUGUUUCGGUUUACAAAAUUAAUCAAACUCUCCACAACAACGAACUCCAAAAUCCCCAUCGCCAAAUCCCUUCUACAAGCUUCUUUAUCCCACUUCAGCACCGCCAGCCACCACCCUUCAUCGGCGGCUCAGGCAUCAGGUCUGGGACCCACCAAGCCAGAUGAGAAACCAAGGGUGGUGGUGUUAGGAUCUGGAUGGGCUGGUUGCAGGCUAAUGAAAGGCUUGGACCCCAACCUGUAUGACAUCGUUUGUGUGUCACCUAGGAACCAUAUGGUAUUUACUCCGCUAUUGGCUUCAACUUGUGUUGGGACUCUUGAGUUCAGGUCCGUAGCUGAACCCAUUGCCAGGAUUCAGCCCUCGAUCUCCUCAGCACCCGGAUCUUAUUUUUUCCUUGCUAAUUCUACUGCCGUGGAUACUGAAAACCAUGAGGUGCAUUGUGAGACUGUUACUGAUGGAACAAACACCGUGGACCCUUGGAAGUUUAGGAUUUCAUAUGAUAAGUUGGUCAUUGCAUCAGGAGCAGAUGCGUCAACGUUUGGAAUACAUGGCGUCAAAGAACAUGCACUUUUUUUGCGUGAAGUUCACCAUGCUCAGGAAAUUCGGAGGAAGCUACUUCUGAACUUGAUGUUAUCUGAUGUGCCAGGGCUUCCUGAAGAAGAGAAACAGAGAUUGCUGCAUAUUGUUGUUGUUGGAGGUGGUCCGACUGGGGUUGAGUUUAGUGGUGAACUUAGUGAUUUUAUUAGGAAGGAUGUUCAUGAAAGAUACACUCAUGUAAAAGACUAUAUUCAUGUCACACUGAUUGAGGCUAAUGAGAUACUGUCUUCCUUUGAUGACCGCCUCCGGCGCUAUGCAAUUAAACAGUUAACAAAGUCAGGAGUUCGUCUGGUUCGUGGGAUUGUGAAGGAUGUUAAACCUGAAAAUCUUGUCCUUUCGGAUGGUUCUGAGGUUCCCUAUGGAUUAUUAGUAUGGUCCACAGGUGUUGGUCCUUCUCCUUUCGUAAAAUCUCUAGGCCUUCCGAAAUCUCCUGGUGGAAGGAUUGGUAUUGAUGAGUGGCUUCGAGUUCCUACUGUGCAGGAUGUGUUUUCGAUUGGUGACUGCAGUGGGUUUCUAGAAAGUACUGGUAAACCAGUCCUUCCAGCUUUAGCACAGGUUGCCGAGCGACAAGGAAAGUAUCUAGCGAACCUAUUGAAUAAAAUCUGUAAAGACGGUGGAGGACAUGCCAACGGUGCUAAGGACAUGAACAUGGGGGAUCCGUUCGAGUACAAGCAUCUCGGGAGCAUGGCAACUGUUGGCAGAUUCAAGGCUCUUGUUGAUCUAAGACAGAGCAAGGAAGCAAAAGGGAUAUCUCUAGCCGGAUUCGCGAGCUGGUUUAUAUGGCGCUCGGCGUAUCUAACACGAGUAGUCAGCUGGAGAAAUAGAUUCUAUGUUGCUAUUAACUGGUCCACAACAUUCGUUUUCGGCCGAGACAUAAGCAGAAUAUGAAUUCACAGAGAGGGAGAGGCGACAAUGGUUAUCAAGUUCUAAUCAGCAAGAUGCAUUUGUCUAGUUAAUCAGGUUAUCAGCCUGGGGAAAUUCCUACUAUUUUCAUUUGAGAUAUAUUUUUACCAAGUUAAAAGACAAUAUAUAUCACAUUAUGUACAUUUGAGAAUAGAUAAUUAUUAUUUGGCUGGCGAAUGCCGAGAUGGUCAAAUGUUA